AUGUUGCUCCCUUUGCUGUCUUGUGUCACUUUGCUGCUCGCAAACUCUGGCACCGUAUUUGCCCAAACCGCCACGGUGGAUGCUGCGGUCAGCCGUGGCACGCCGGCCAAUCUGGCUUCUGGCUGGAUCUAUGGCAUCCCGGAUACGCAAGGCCAAAUUCCCGACCAUUUCUACUCAGACGUUGGUUAUAGAUAUGGCCGAGCAGGUGGGGCGCAGCUCGUUAAGCCUGGAGAGCGAGGCUGGAUAUGGGGAGUGAAUGAGUACAAGAGCCGAUUCCAAUCAGCACUUUCAAACUACAAAACUUCAAGGAAAUAUGGUGCCCGCUUCCAGCUUCUACUCCAUGACCUGUGGGGGGCAGAUAGCACGCAGAAUUCAAGCGCUCCAUAUCCUGGUGAUAACGGGAACUGGGCGUUCUAUGACGCGUUCUUGACUCAGGUCAUUUCCGAUAUUCAAACCAAUGCUAUGAUGAACGGACUGGAUAUAGACCUGUGGAAUGAACCGGAGGGAAUAUAUUGGAAGAAUCGAGGAGUGGGCCAGUGGGUGAACAUGUGGGGUCGAGGAUUUCAUCGACUUCGGGGUGCGCUGGGCACAGCAGUCCUUCUGGUGGGCCCGUCUCUUGCGACACCACCGGCAACUGGCAACUCGUGGUGGGAUGGCUUCCUGGGGUUCGUUGGCACGAACGCAUCAAUUCCCGAUCAAUAUACCUGGCAUCUCGAAUGUGGUGCCGGUUGUGACUUGAAGGCUAGCAACUCAACCCUAAAAUCAUUGCUCAGCUCGUACAAUCUACCCAAUCGACCCAACAACGUCAACGAAUACGGGACUGGCUCAGAGCAAGUACCAAGUGGCGCCGCCUGGUACAUCAGUCGCUUUGAGCGCUAUGAUACUCUUGGUUUGCGUGGUAAUUGGCUCUCCACUACAGCACUUCACGACUUCCUAGCCGGACUCGUGGGCAAGCCAAACGCUGGUACAUCAGCGUAUAGUGCGACGGCGGGCGGCUACUGGCCAACCGGAGAGUUUCAAGUUUACAAGUACUACCAUCUGAAUCAAACCGGCACUCGCCUGGGAACCACUGGCUCGGCAGACGGUGGCUUUGACGUCUACGCUACCAACACAGGAUCCGCAGUGAAGAUUCUAUGUGGCAGCAAGGCGAAGACUGGAACAUGGGAUAUCACUGUUACCAACCUGAAGUCUUUGGGACUUCCAUCCUCCGGUAGCAUCACAAUCACCACGUAUGAGUUUCCAUGGACGAGCCAAUUCGGUGAAGUUGAUACGCCUGUGAAUCUUGGCCAAGUGACUCAUACAUACUCCGGCGAUUCAGUGACUUGGUGGGUGAAGUUUUCAUCAUCUAGCACGGCAUAUGCUUUUGAAUUUUCACACUGA